AUGGCAAUAUGUGAUGAUAAAUUUUCGGAAAUUAGGCAAAUGUUGAAAAAUAGUGAUGAGGAGGCAAUCAAAAACCAAUCUUUGGCACGUUUAUUGCACAUUGGUAAACGUGUCUCUGUAAUCCUGACUAAUUCGCGAGGAUCACCAAACUUACACAGUAAUCUACAGAAUGUGCUGGUGGAUUUGGUGGAGAUGGUAGAGGGAUUGCAAAAUAAAUCGGAUGCAUUGGUUCCGGGAACCGCAGGAACCGAUGAAAAUAAUGGUGUUGUUAUCCCUUCAAACCCGUAUGACACAGUUAGCGAUUCGGAUGGUCAAAAUGAUGAACCUGUACCGAGGCCCCGAAGGUCCUUUCUUAGUAUGGAGGAUCUGGAGUGGAUCCAUUCUCUACAAGCCAGAAUAUUCGAUUUAGAAGCCGAACUUAAAAAAAUCAAAGAAGGAAAGAAUUAUUCAGUUCCGUAUCAUCAUCGACACACUUUGCCUGUUUCAAAGUGGAACAUUGGAAAGUACAGUGGAGAUGAUCAAGGUCUAAAGCUUAACGAGUUUCUAGAGCUCGUCCAAGCACUGAGUCAUGCUGAGCAGAUUUCAGAAAGAGAGUUGUUCGAAUCAGCCAUACACUUGUUCACCGGGUCAGCCUUAAAGUGGUACAUGACUCAAAGGUCCACAAACAGGCUUCUGAACUGGCAACACUUGGUGUUCGAACUUAGACGUACAUACAUGCAUCCUGAUCUGGACGCGCUUAUAAAGAUGAAAAUCUAUCAGCGACGUCAGCAGAAACACGAGUCUUUCCACGAAUUUUAUUUCGAAAUGGAAAAACUGUUUCGCAGUAUGAGCCAACAGAUUCCAGAUUACGAAAAAAUUCAAAUCUUACAGCAGAAUAUGCGCGUUGACUAUAAGCGACAGUUAGCGUUCAUUCCGAUUGUAGAUUUGCAGACACUUGUGGCCUCGGGACAGAAGUUAGAUUCGUUGAACUUCUCGGCCUACAACAAAGUUUUCGGGACCGAGAAGACGGUGAAUACCGUUGAAGUACAAGAGAAAAAACGAAAAAAGGAAAAGAAUAACCAGUUACAAUCUCAGCCACAAGUGUCUGACGGAACUACAGCAGCAGUUUCGCAACAUCACAACCAAAAUAGGAAUAACAAUACCCAGUCCUAUACUCAAGAUUCUUCGAAUCGAUCAGGUCCGUCUUCUGCUCAAAACAACCAGAGAUUUUCGAAUUCCCACCCACCUUCAGGACCGUCGCAUACUUCAAACCAACCACAAGCAGGGCCGUCUGCUACCUCCGUUCGUCCCCAACUUACCCUAGAGGAGUCUAGCUGGCAGAGUCCUCCACCUUUCUGGGACCCCGCAGCCUCGAAAUUGUACGAAAGGUCCGUCGAUGUAUGUCAAAUUGUUUACCCAUUCCCCAACGAUAAUCGACCCUACGCUCCUGUAAAAGUUUACGGGAUGGCGAUACGAGCCCUCCUUGAUAGUGGAAGUAACCACACUCUCGUAAGCGAGAAGUUUUUCUCCCAGUUGAAAACCAAAAGGUUAAACCGCCCGUCGAGGAAUGUAGCGCUUCGUUCGGCCAGCGGUGACCCUCUUGAGAUCAAAGGUCAAGCACAGUUACCCUUUCUUUUUCAAGGGCGUAUUCGAAUUGUCCCUACAUUGGUUGUCGCGAAUCUUUCAAUUCCGUGUAUUUGCGGUAUGGACUUUUGGAGAAAGUUCCAAAUACAACCGACGAUGCCAUCACUAGAGAACGGAAACGUUACUCAGAUCGACCAAUCUCAGCCAGACUCGACUCUAACCGAGGAAGAAAGACUGAAGGUUGAGCGAAUCAAGUCGAUGUUUCUAGCGGCUGGUGACGGAGAGUUGACACUGACCACUGGCGCACAGCACCGUAUCGUGCUGAAAGAGGAGUGGAGAGAUAAGCCUCCAGUCCGCCAGUUUCCGUAUGUCAUGUCACCUAAAACACAAGGGCUGGUAGCAAUCGAGCUCCAGAGAUUGCUAGAUAAGGGGAUCUUGGAAAGAAGCAAUUCUUCCUGGUCCUUGAACUGUGUCCCAGUGAGUAAACCCAACAAAGUUCGGCUCUGUUUAGAUGCGAGGAAGAUAAACGAACGGACAGUGCGGGACGCCUAUCCCUUGCCACACCCCGGUCGGAUACUCGGUCAGUUGCCAAAAGCGAAGUACCUCUCUACGAUUGACCUGUCAGAAGCCUUUCUGCAGGUGCCUCUCGAAGCGAGCUCGCGGAAGUAUACGGCGUUCAGUUCCAGCAACGUUAGCCAGACUGAUGGACACCGUUCUCUUGACGAUAUCGUCAUUGUAACCGAAACGUUCGAGCAGCAUAUGCAACUUUUGCAAGAAGUUGCGAAUCGGUUGAGGACUGCCAACCUCAGCAUUAACUUGAACAAGUCACGAUUCGAGAUUCCCUUUCUGGGAUGUCUUCUGAGUUCAGACGGUUUGCGAGCAAAUCCCGACAAAAUUCGGCCGAUUGUCGAGUAUGAACGACCAAACUCGAUAACGAAGCUCAGAAGAUUCCUAGGAAUGGCGAAUUAUUACCGGAGGUUCAUACAGGACUUCAGCGGAGCAACAGCCACCUUGUCAAAUCUACCUUAG